AUGAAAUUUUGUUUCGCUUAUGGCUCUGGUGCAUUGAAACAAAAAGUCGAUGUAUCUCAGAAUAUGUUGGAUCUUAUCUUCGUUGUAAACAACUCCAGACAAUGGCAUGCUGAAAAUAUGGAGAGACAUCCAGAUCAUUAUGCUCAACCACUUCGUUUUCUCGGUCAUAAGGCAGUAACAAGAAUUCAGGAAACGUGGGGAGCGAAGAUUUACUACAAUACAUUGAUAAAAUCGAGUGAAGGACGUUUGAUCAAGUAUGGAGUGAUAUCUGAAAUAUCACUUAUGGCAGAUCUUCUCGAUUGGAACUUUUUAUACCUGGCCGGGAGGCUUCAUAAACCUGUGGAAAUCCUGGUGGAACCUGAUGAAAGAUCACAGUUACGAGCAGCAUUAGUUCAGAACCUACAUUCCGCAGUCCAUGCGGCUCUUCUUCUUCUUCCUGAGAAUUUCACUGAGAUUGAUUUUUUUAGAGUUAUCGCAGGAUUGUCGUACCAAGGUGAUUUUAGAAUGAUAUUUGGAGAGGAUAGAUCCAAGGUAGACAAUAUAGUUGUACCCCAGAUACAGCAUUUUCGCCAGUUGUAUGGACCAGUUCUCAAGCACUUUGACAAUUACCUUGAAAUACCAAAAGAUUCAGAUGCUUCAACUACAUGUAAUCAGGAUACCAGUCCGACCGCAAGAAUUCAUCAUUUGAAUCAGUUGCCAAGAAUUCCGCAGAUGCAGCUGGUUAGGAUCUGGUCCAGAGGUCCACGGUCUAAGGACACCGAAGAUUGUCUUCGCGCCAUUGCACAUGAUCCGGAUUGCAGUUCGAUCCUCUUGCAAGUCCUUCAGAAUAUUGUUUGGAAGUCUAGUAUAAAUCAAAGCGUAAAGGGCAUUUUCACUGCUGGACUUGUCAAAUCUAUUAAAUACAGUUCUGCAAAGAUUAUGAAAAUGCUAAAUUCAAUAUCCUCUAAUAAAACACAAUUGAAUAUUCCCAUCCAGCGUAUGGGAAAAGCUGAUCAGCUUGCACAUAGUUUGAUUAAAAAAGGAAGCGAUUCCAAGCUACAGAGAAAAUGA